AUGUUAGUGUUUCCGCAUUUGAGGUCAGAUAUACGUAACGAGGGGUGCAGGACGUCUAGAUGGAUGCCUGCGGAGAGAUUCGCUCCUUAUUUCGCGAGACCGACUAUAAUCAAACAUAUUCCCCCGCAGGAAGAGGAUGAUGAGCUAUCUGGUGGAUCAUCCCCAGAGCAUGUAACAGAAUCGAUGGACAGUAUCGGUGUAUGCGGUUGGCGAGGAUGCAUAGCGCGGUUUGCGAGCAUACCUCGCCUUUCAGCACACAUCGCGCGGGUGCACGCGCAUGCACACAGAGACGGAUUAUUCUAUUGCAACUGGAAGGGUUGUUCAAGACCACAACGGGGUUUUAACGCCAGGUACAAAAUGUUGGUUCACGUAAGGACUCACACAAACGAACGUCCACAUACAUGCAAUCAAUGUCAAAAAAGCUUUUCUAGAGCUGAAAAUCUUAAAAUACAUCUCCGUUCACAUUCCGGGGAAAAACCAUACGUUUGCCCUUAUGAGGGAUGCGGGAAAGCGUAUUCAAAUUCCAGCGACAGGUUUAAACAUACACGUACUCACACCGUGGAUAAGCCUUACUGCUGCAAAAUACCGGGCUGCAACAAACGGUACACGGAUCCGUCUAGCUUAAGAAAACACGUCAAGACUUACAAACACUUCGUCAACGAUAAGGACCUACCGAAACAUGAAAUGACGGAAGAAAGAGCAAAUUCUGAUAGCUCUUCACCGCUUCGGGAAAACAAUUGCUUCAGCCAGCCCUCCCCUCGUAUAUACAUCCCAAAUUGUAUUCCCCCAACGAAAUCCUCAUAUAACUCCUAUUUACCGUAUUCAAAUCCCGCGUUAGGAGCUCCUUUAGGUUAUUUACCAGUGUUAGAACAAGUUCCAAUGCGACCAUUAGAAAGGGUUUUUCCCAUGAGAGUCCCGCCCCACGAUAUUCCCUAUUCAGACUACCACCUCUACGAAGAUCAUUACCGUAAUGUUUACCCUUACGGCCUAAAUUAUUCACCCUUAAGACCGAAUGUCAAUGAAAAAGUAUUAUACGAAGAACAGGAAACAAUCGAGGAAAUACAUGUUGUUGAUAAUGAAAAACAAAUAGAUGUACCUUUAAACUUAAUUUGUAGCAAACGAUUGGAAUUCAAACCAGUCGACGAUCUAGUCAAACACGCAGACUUGCCGUUAGAUUUAAGUACUAAGAGUUAA